AGAUAAGCAACUACGUCACCCAGAUCAUCUACAUUUACGAAAGUGUUCGGAUAUUAGAGAAUUCAGAACUUCAACUAUAUCUUUGUUACCGUUAUCAUGGGGAAACGAGUAUUAGUAGGAUAUGGUAUUGAUGUGGAUGCUGUGAGUGGCUGGCUCAACACGAGGACUGGAGCACGAGCAAAUCCGACCGAUGUAUCGCGAGGAAUUUUUGGAGCCACCGUUGGGAUCGAUCGCCUCUUGAAAUUGUGGGAGAAAUUCGGCAUCAAGACAACAUGGUUUGUGCCAGCACAUUCGAUCGAAUCCUUCCCAGAACAGUUGGCGAAGGUCCGAGAUGCAGGUCAUGAAAUUGGACUUCAUGGAUAUACGCAUGAAUUUGUGGGAACUCUCACCGAAAAGCAACAAAGGGAUAUCCUAACUAAAUCGAUUGAUAUUCUCACCAAAUUUACGGGGAAGAAGCCAAAAGGAUGGACGGCACCAGCAUGGGACACGUCCAAAAAAACUAUCAAACUGCUUGAAGAAUUCGGGAUUGAAUACGACCAUUCAUUCAUGCAUCACGACUCCCAAAUGUACUACGCUCCGUCGGGCUCUGAGAGCUGGGUUGAGACCAACGUCGAGAAAGAAGCCUCCACCUGGAUGACGCCUAUGACAGCUCUCAAGCCAUCUUCAAUUGUCGAAGUUCCUGCCAACUGGCAUCUCGACGAUUGGCCACCAUUUCAGCUCUCCCUCAAACAAGCAUCGACCCACGGCUACGUUGACACCCGCGUUGUAGAACAACUUUGGAAAGACCAGUUUGAUUAUCUGUAUAGGGAGUAUGACUCCUUUAUUUUCCCGAUGUCCAUCCAUCCGCAGGUCAGUGGGAAACCGCAAGUUAAACUAAUGCAUGAGAGACUGUUUGAGUAUAUCAACAACCAUGAAGGAGUGGAAUGGGUCACCAUGGAAGAGAUGGUUCACGAAUUCAAGGCUGGUACAUUUGGGGGUAUCGAGGUGAAAGGUGGUGCUGAUGUGUAGCGCUCUUUGAUUUGCUGACUUGUAUUUGGUGCAUAUAGCAAUAAAGUAAUUUCCCGAAGAUUUUAUUGUAGGGGAU